AUGAAUGGCACACACCAGCUGGAGUAUGUCACACUGCCAAACGAGAAUAUUGGAAACUUUCCUAAAAGAUCGAACAAGAACUGUGAAAAUGAACUGCCAUAUUUAAUAGCUGGUGGUGUUGGCAAAGAUGGAGUAACUGUGUAUCAGAAGAUCCGUAUUAUACCAUCAACCAUGAGUAUUGUGAGAACUGACACUACCUUCACCAGCGGGAACAAGACGAAGCCACAUAAGUACGGUAAAGCAGAGGAUUGUUACUCGCAUGACCCAGCAUGCAAACGAAUAGGAACCUUUCACAUUGAUACCCUUGGCACAGGAAUGAAGUUCGCCACUGACCUCGAGUGGACUCGAAAGGGAGAGGCGUCCAAAGUGUACAGCGUUACCCGGUCACUAGAUGGCGCUGUCAUUGAUCUGGUGUGUGGAGGCUGGUGUGGAGGAUGUGUUCCUAUUGGAGACAUGGUCCUCUACCCAAACAGUCAGGAUAUUCAGCCAUAG